AACAAAUAUUUAGCUCUUGUUCAUCUGAACAAUCACAAUUUAACAAUAAUGAAGAAGCUACUUCUAUUAUACGGGUUUUUAACUGUUCUGUUUAUAACGCAGACCCUGGCUAUAGUUCGAACAGAAGAAGUUGAAGAAUGGACUCGAGAUGAUGUGGGAACCUACUUUAAUAGAUAUAAGGAUGUCUAUGAAAGAAAGAAAGAUUAUCAAACAUUUGGUGAAUUGGCAGAAUCAUACAAAAAUGCUGCUGCUGAUAAUGUAAAGUAUUUUUUUGGAACCACUGUCGAUCAAAUCGUUUCUGGAUUCUCGGCUACAUUGCAUAAAAACACCAAGCUCGCACAAAAUGACAUUGAUGAGUAUAUCUCAAACCUAAAACACGACCUUCGUCGAUUGGAAAUCAAGGGCCAAUUGACAAAGGAACACAUUGGAGCCGUUUUGGAUAAGGCUCACCAUGAAGCCAUUCGCAAGAAAAUCAUGACGGAAGCAGAGUGGAAGGAAGCUUAUGCCCGCUUCGAAUCCUACUUUACACAACCUACUUGGUACCAGCGCGUUCUAGGUCGCAAAUCCUUUCUAGAACAAAGUGCAUCCGGAUUUAACAAUUGGGUGCAAUCUGUAACAGAUCGUGUAGCUCAUGUAGGUGGUUUAACCAAGGAGCAAGCAAAAGAAAUCGGUGAACAUGUACGCUCUAGUGUGACAAAUACUGAUCUCCAGAAGUUGGGUGACAAAUCUUGGUUGGACAAUAUGACACGUACUCUUUCUCGACAUUCACAAAUCAAAAAAGACCAACUUGAUAAAAUUGUUGAAUCUCUCAAUGAAGAUAUUCAAAGCUACAGAUCCUAUGGACUUGAAUACACUGGGCAAGCCACGCAAGAAGUCAAGCAUUGGUAUUAUCGUAUUAAAGUCUUUUGGAUAAAUGUGCGCUCUCGAGUUGGUUCUUUUGUUCAUCAUUGCAAGCACAACUUCUACCGUACCUUUAACGAAAAGAAUAUCAAGAAGCAUAAAAGUCAUCUCUACAACACUGCGUCGUCCGUCAGCUCUAAAAUGAGCUCUGCCAGCUCAAAGGCCAGCCGAUCAGCCACUUCUCUCGGUCAUAAGGCAAGCAAAUCAGUUACUUCAAUUCGAUACGAGGCUGGUAAAAGUGCUUCCUCUGUCUAUUCCAACGCUGACAGGGCUACCUCUACAUUGAAGUCAAAUGCUCAUAUGGCUACUAAUUCUAUCCACUCUGCUGCCAGUUCCAUCUCAAGUGAAUACGAUUCUUACACAAACUCUGUAGCCCGUUCACGUACCAUGCAUUCGCUCUAUGCAAGAGCCACCAAUGCCCCAGCAAAUGCCUAUAACAGAGCUUAUCACAAACUUCACGACGGCAAAACAGAUUUGAAAGGCUCCUUUGCUUACUUUUGGCGCCAGAAGGAACAGGACUACUACCGCCGCUUGGGUUAUACCGAAGCCCAUAUUGAUUGGAUUCAAAAUUACCUUUACAAGACCUUUAAGAAAGAGAAAUCAUCCGUUCAUAGUAAGGCUGACGCAGCAUCUAUUGCUAUUAAACGUUAUCUGCAUGGAUUGGGAAUUCAAACACCUGCACAAAUCGAUCAAAACGUUCACAAAUUAAUACGUCAUUUAGAAUCUUGGAGGACACUUGUCGUUUAAGAAACAUGCCGACAGUUUGGAAAAAAGAGAAGACGAAUUUUCUCUUUUUCUUUUAGGCAUCCGUUGUUUACGUAAUAUACUUUGAAGCUGUUUUGCCAGCUUCUCUUCUAUUUUGUAUAUAAUUAUUUACUUUAGCUAAUGAUUCUGCUUUUUGUAAUAUAUUUCUCAAUAACUUUAUA